CGAGCCUUCUUGUAGGCCGGAUAGGGUGCAUGAAGAUGCCGCUUCAACCGAUCAGUGGUGAGUAAGCAUCUAAUCGCAUGAAGAUUACUAGGUAUACAUUUUAUCCAGGAAGAUCACCCGCCUAGCCAAUGUAAUCUAUUCGAGAACCGCACAUCAUCUACAUGUUUCCCGGUUCUUGGCACUCUGUAACCCUACCUGCAGAAUGACGAUCGAUGUUUGAGUGUGAUUGUCAAAAGUAUAAAUAAGUCAUAUUCGCCAUUGAUGAUACCAUUUAGGGCUUGGACAACGCAAUCGAUACUUUGACAGUCUAACUGCCUGGAACUGCUAGACACCGACAGUCGGCGACAGGCCAGUGGAGUUGAGCGAGUACCUAAUUGGUGAUCGCGAAUUCGUUACCAUGGGGCAGGGACCCUCGCUUCCAGGCCCUCCGGGGACGAAGUUUCGUGUCAUUGGGGCUGGAAUGUCGCGUACUGGAACCAAAACUCUCAACGAAGCUCUCACCAUUCUCCUUGACGGGCCUGUCCACGAUUCCGGGAUCCAGUCUCUCGGGGGCCCAGUCGAUCAGAUGAAGGCUUGGCUCGAUAUAAUGGAGCUUGCCCCGAAAGCGCGGUCGUUCUCGGAUCAGAAAAAGCUUGAUUGGCUUAUUUCCGAUGUACUUGACGGCUAUGUUGCAACCAUGGACUGCCCCGCUGCGACGCUUACCCCUGAAAUUAUGCGAGUCUACCCUGAUGCCAUCGUAAUAGCAACGACUAGAGACCAGGCAGCUUGGUGGAAAAGCAUGAACUAUCUAAACAGUCUUAUGGGGACGUGGUAUCUCCCACUUGUAGUCCUGUGGCUACACAAGACCCAAGUGUACGGAAUGUGGCGCGAACGGUUCCAUCAGAUAAUGCUGUGGCGUUACAACCAGGAAAAGAUCGAGGAGGAUACCCUUCGCAGGCACGAGGAGCAUCUAAGGCAAGUCGUGCCUCCAGAAAAGCUAUUUUUCUACGAAGUCAGCCAAGGGUGGGAACCAUUAUGCAGGAUUCUGAACCUUCCUAUACCUGAUCGCCCGUUCCCGCAUAAUAAUAGCAAAGGCGAUGCAGCGCAGACUUUCCGUGAUCACAUAACAGCAGGCUUGCUGUCAUGGAUAUUCAUGCUUAUGGUACUAAGCAUGGUCAUUUGGUUUGUAAGGAACUGGAUUGAUCAGACUAUCUCAUGAUGGACAAGGUAGAUUGGAAGAUGGUGGUGAGCGACAAGGUGUUCUAACUCGGUAAGACUAAAUAUCCAUAAUCCAUAUUCUAGACAAAUAAUUUCAUAGAUUACCUAAGUAUAUUCAUACCCUUUAUAUUAUUACUUGAUAUCCCAGGAGAAAUUGAACCGGAUGCGAGAUCAUCAGUUCCACCACGACUGUCCUACCUAUAUUGCGCAGGCGACAGCAUUGCAUUCUCAUAAGAC